AUGAAAUCACUUCUCCUCCCUCUCACCAUUCUCCUCUUUUUAAUUUCAUCCCAUGUCCUGUCGCAAGUCAAUGUCAAAUCAGUCAAUUGGCUUCAAGGUAAUCAUGACGAAUUUCAAACAAAUCGUCUUCAAUUAUUGAAAUCAACUCCAAAUUUUAACAUUACACUUCAGGGUAGUCCAACAAUUUAUUUUGACAAUUUUUUAGUGAUUGCUGACGUUCAGAGAAAUAUUUUACUCACGAAUUAUGCAGUUUACGAUGGUGAAAAGUUUCCACAAUUAAUGGAUUUUGGUUUGGUUAAGGUUGAUUUGACAAGUGGCAAUUUGAUUAAAUUGAAUUUUGACACUGACAGACCAGCUUUUAGUUUUUCAGCAGUUUCUCAUGCAGUGAUGAGUCCACAAGGUGUUUAUUACUUUGCACUUUCUAGACAACAUGCUGGAUUGAAUUUUGUCUUUUCAUAUAAUUUGACAGGUGGCAGUAAUAACUUGGGUUAUUCCAAUUAUUUUUCAAUUCCUGAUGGUGUUGAAGUAGAUGGACUUGCAUUUGUUGAUAACACUCUUUAUGUGUCAAAUGCCAUUGCAAUUGAAGCUUAUACACCUGACAUGAUCAUGAAAUGGAGAAUGCCAACAGGUUUCACAUAUGGACCUGCAUCCAAUUUGAUUACUACUCAAGAAAAUGGAAAGAAUAUUCUCUAUUAUGCAGUUCAAAAUACCAUCUUUCGUUUAGAUACUACGACAACAGUUGUUUCACAAUAUCAAAUUGGAAAUGUUGGCGCCAAAUUUAUUUCCUAUUUGGGAAGUGGUAAUUUGUUGGUUGUUGCCAGUAAUGAUGAUAGCAGUGAAGAUUUCAUCUAUGCUGUAAAUGUACUCAAUAGAAGUACAUUGAAAUUACAAGUCAAUCAAUCUGAACUUGGUAGAAUUGUCAAAUGUUCCAAUUCAUUGAAUAUUCAAACAAGUCCACUUUCAACUUUCUCAAUUAUUUCAUGUGGAAAACAUAAAGGAACUGAAAGAGACAAGAAUGCAAUUGGUAUCUUACUUGAUACAACUGGAAAUCCAACAUUCUCAGUUGUCUGGCAUUUACCAAUUCAAGCAAAUGAUGUUCGCUUCUCAGCCACUCAAAAUGAUAAGCAAAUUCUAAUGACCAAUGAUUUUGGAUAUAUUGUCUUGGAUAUUCAAAGUGGAAAGAUGAUUUCUGCAAAGAAAUCAACUAUUGCCAAUUCAUCAUGUAAGGUAAUUACUGCAAUCAAUGGAAAAUUCUAUUCAGUUUGUUCAAGUUCUUAUAAUGGCGUUGUUACUCUUGCCUCUGAUUUGAUUUAAUUAAAAUGUCUAAUAAAGUCUGAAAAAAAUUAAAUUCUAAAAA